UUCGCAGCAGAAAAGUCUAUGUGUGUUUGGACCGGAGAAUGAGACGAACUAAACUGCUGUUAAGCCUUUAGUAAACCAUUUUAAAACAGCUGAGACAAUCUGCAACGAUUUGGGCUAUACGGAUUAAAAAUCAUAUGGUUAAAAUCAGGAACCUUCAUUUCACCAUUUCAUACUGAAGAUGAGACACAAAGGGAUCAAGGCAAAAAAUGUUCUCUGCCGGUGGGUAAUUGUCAUUUUCAUGUUUCAUACCAGUCACGGAGAUAUAAGCUAUUCCAUAUCGGAGGAAACGAAACGUGGGUCUGUCAUUGGAAAUAUAGCCAAGGAUCUUGGGCUCGAUGUUAAAAGACUAUCCGAUCGAAAAGCUCGUUUAGAUGCCGACAGGACCAGCAGAAGCUUUUCUGACAUAAAUCUGAGCACCGGCGAUUUGAUUGUGGCGGACAGAAUAGACAGAGAGGAGCUUUGUGGGCCGAGAGUUUCAUGCACGUUAAAAUACGAGCUGAUCCUUGAGAAUCCACUGGAGCUACAUCGUAUCGCAGUACAAAUUCAGGACGUGAACGACAAUUCUCCACGUUUUCAUAAUGAUCGGAUUAAACUGGAAAUACAAGAAUCGGCAGACAAAGAUUCUCGGUUUCUUUUACCUCAGGCUUUUGACCUUGAUAUCAAACAGAACUCCGUUCAGCAGUAUUUGUUAGAAAAUAAUGAUCAUUUUAUUUUGGAUGUUCAUACAAACGCGUUUGGAAGCAAAUACGCUGAGCUUGUGUUAGAAAAAGAGCUGGACCGGGAACAACAGCAGGAGAUUACAUUACUACUAACGGCCACCGAUGGCGGGACUCCGCAGAGAUCAGGUACAGCAGUCAUACAUGUCACUGUGCUGGAUGCUAACGAUAAUAUACCCGUGUUUAGUCAAGCUGUAUAUAAAGUCAGUCUGCCUGAAAAUUCACCUCUAGGCCAGGUAUUGAUCACAGUUAGUGCUACUGAUGCAGACGAGGGAGCCAACGGAAAAGUGACAUAUGAAAUACACAGUUUAUCCGACAAAGCGCUGAAAAUGUUUGCUGUGGACAAAAACACUGGGGAAAUUAAAGUUAUUGGGAACAUAGAUUAUGAGGAGGAGUCGUAUUAUGAAAUGCAAAUACAGGCAAGAGAUGGUUCAGGGUUGUCAUCAAAUGCUCAGUUAAUAAUUGAAAUUACCGAUGAGAAUGACAACGCGCCGGUAAUAUUUGUCAAGUCGCUUAACAACCCUAUUCCUGAAAACGCAUCACCCGCUACAGAAGUAGGUAUUAUUAAUGUGCAAGAUAACGACUCUGGCCACAAUAAAAAUAUUCGCUGCUCAAUUCAGCAAAAUGUUCCAUUUAAACUAGUACCGUCAAUUAAAAACUAUUAUUCAUUGGUAACAACCAGCGAGCUGGAUCGUGAGGUAGUGACAGAUUACAAUAUAACAAUCACUGCCACCGACGAGGGAUCUCCACCGUUGUCCUCAUCGAAGACAAUUCAGUUAUCGGUGUCAGACGUUAAUGACAACUCACCUGUGUUUGACAAGCAAUCCUACAGCGCUCAAGUGACUGAAAAUAACAAACCCGGAUCCUCUAUUUGCUCUGUUACGGCAAGAGACCCGGAUUGGAGACAGAACGGCACAGUCUUCUAUUCCCUGUUACCCAGUGAGGUUAAUGGGGUUCCGGUGUCCUCGUUUUUAUCGAUUAACGGAGACACGGGGGAGAUCCAUGCUGUGUGUUCGGAGCUGAGAGGGAGCAAAAAUGUGGACUGUCUGGUGGAUUCUUAA